AUGUACGUCUUUGGCGGCUACAACGGCAGAGAUGACAAGCAUUUCAACGAUGUCUAUCGCUUUAACGAAGCUAAAGCUACCUGGUCAUUGUUGAAUGUACACGGUCGAGGUCCACGUCCUAGACGGCGGCAGUGUUGCAUCAUGAUCCGUGAUAAACUGUACCUGUUUGGUGGAACCAGCCCUAUACGAAAUGAUGUCAGGUGUAACACGGACGAUCCACUUUGGCCAGAAAGGAACCUCGUUGAUCACUCGGAUCUCUACGUUCUAGACAUGAAUCCUACCCUGAAGUCGCUGUCGAUGAUUUGCGUUGUGAACAGUGCCGCCCUUCGCGGCGAGAUAGGCAAACUUCCAAAGAGUCUCAGGUGA